AUGGGCUGUGCCCCCAGCAUCCACGUCUCGCAGAGCGGCGUGCUCUACUGCCGCGACUCGGACGCGUCCGGCUCGCCCCGCCAGGCCCCCGGCGCGUCGCUGGGCCCCGUCGACGCCGCCGACGCCGUGUCCCGGAGCCGCGCGCCGGGACCCCCGGGCGCCGCCCGCGUCCGCAGGGCGCGCGCCGAGCUGGGCAGCGGCAGCAGCGCGGGCUCCGCGGCCCACGCCACGACCACCUGCAGGGGCCGGAGGCGCCGCUGUUGCGGCAGCGCGGAGGCCGAGACCCAGACGUGUCGCGCCGCCGGCGUCCAGGUUAACAUCUCUCAGACUGGCAGUUCCUCUCGCGUGACCUCUCACCUGCUGUUCUUCCUUCAGCAGGUGUCGUCUGCGGAGGUGCGCGUCGGGCCCAUGAGACUCACCCAGGACCCCAUCCAGGUGCUGUUGAUCUUCGCAAAGGAAGACAGCCAGAGCGCCGGCUUCUGGGGGGCCUGCGACAGGGCCGGCUACACGUGCAGCAUCGCCCGCACGCCCGAGGCAGCCCUGGAGUGCUUCCUGGACAAGCACCACGAAAUCAUCGUCAUCGACCACAGGCAGACGCGCGGCUUCGACGCAGAGGCCGUGUGCAGGUCGAUCCGGGCCACAAACCCCUCGGAGCACACGGUGAUCCUCGCGGUGGCGUCCCAGACAUCCGAUGACCACGAAGAGGCCUCUGUCCUCCCUCUCCUCCACGCGGGCUUCAAUCGGAGGUUCGUGGAGAACAGCAGCGUGACCGCCUGCUACAACGAGCUCAUCCAGAUCGGGCACGGGGAGGUCCGCUCCCAGUUCAAGCUACGGGCCUGUAAUUCGGUGUUCACCGCCUUAGACCACUGUCACGAAGCCAUAGAGAUAACGAGCGACGACCACGUGAUUCAGUAUGUGAACCCCGCCUUCGAGAGGAUGAUGGGCUACCACAAGGGCGAGCUCCUGGGGAAGGAGCUGUCCACGCUGCCCAAGAGCGACAGGAACCGGGCCGACCUCCUGGACACCAUCAACACGUGCAUCAGGAAGGGCAAGGAGUGGCAGGGCAUCUACUACGCCCGGCGGAAAUCCGGGGACAGCAUCCAGCAGCACGUGAAGAUCGCCCCGGUGAUCGGCCAAGGCGGGAAAAUCAGACAUUUUGUGUCCCUCAAGAAACUGUGUUGCACCGGUGACAAUAACAAGCAGAUUCACAAGAUUCACCGAGACUCGGGAGACAGCAUGCAAGCAGAGGCCCAUGCGCUGCGCCACAGGCACCGGAGGCAGGAGUCCCUGGACGGCAAGUCGGUGUCCUCGCGGGGCAGUGACGCUGCGAGCCUGCAGAAUCGGCGCUACCCGUCCAUGGCCAGGAUCCACUCCAUGACCAUCGAGGCGCCCAUCACCAAGGUCAUCAACAUCAUCAACGCGGCCCAGGAGAACAGCCCGGUCACCGUGGCGGAAGCCUUGGACAGAGUUCUGGAAAUCUUACGGACCACAGAGCUCUACUCCCCGCAGCUGGGGACCAAAGACGAAGACCCGCACACCAGCGACCUUGUCGGGGGCCUCAUGAGCGAUGGCUUGAGACGGCUGUCGGGGAACGAGUGCGUGUUCACCAAGAACGCGCCACAGAGCCACGGUCCGCUCGCCGUGCCGGUGACCAUAAACGACGCCCCGCCCUGCAUCGCCCAGCUGCUCGACAACGAGGAGAGCUGGGACUUCAACAUCUUCGAGCUGGAAGCGGUGACGCACAAACGGCCGCUGGUUUACCUGGGCUUGAAGGUCUUCUCCCGGUUUGGAGUCUGUGAAUUCUUAAACUGCUCCGAGGCCACGCUGCGGGCCUGGCUGCAGGUCAUCGAAGCCAACUACCACCCGUCCAACGCCUACCACAACUCCACGCACGCCGCCGACGUCCUGCACGCCACCGCCUUCUUCCUCGGCAAGGAGAGGGUGAAGGGAAGCCUGGAUCAGCUGGACGAGGUGGCGGCCUUGAUCGCGGCCACCGUGCAUGAUGUGGACCACCCGGGCCGGACCAACUCGUUCCUGUGCAACGCAGGCAGCGAGCUGGCGGUGCUGUACAACGACACGGCCGUCCUGGAGAGCCACCACACCGCCCUGGCCUUCCAGCUCACGGUCAAGGACACCAAGUGCAACAUCUUCAAGAACAUCGACAGGAACCACUAUCGGACGCUGCGCCAGGCCAUUAUUGACAUGGUUCUGGCUACGGAGAUGACGAAACACUUUGAACACGUGAACAAAUUCGUGAACAGCAUCAACAAGCCCCUGGCGGCCGAGGUGAGCGGCUCCCGCUGCCCCUGCAGCCUGCCGGGGAGGAACGCUCCCGAGAACCAGGUCCUGAUCAAGCGCAUGGUGAUCAAGUGUGCCGACGUGGCCAACCCCUGCCGGCCCCUGGACCUGUGCAUCGAGUGGGCCGGCCGGAUCUCCGAGGAGUACUUUGCACAGACCGACGAGGAGAAGAGGCAGGGGCUCCCGGUGGUGAUGCCGGUGUUCGACCGUAGCACCUGCAGCAUCCCCAGGUCGCAGAUCUCCUUCAUCGACUACUUCAUCACGGACAUGUUUGACGCCUGGGACGCCUUUGCGCACCUGCCCGCCCUGAUGCAGCACCUGGCUGAUAACUACCAGCACUGGAAGACGUUAGACGACCUCAAGUGCAAAAGCCUGCGCCUGCCGCCGCCCAGCUGAGGCCGCCGCGCAGGGCCCGGCCCGCUUCUUGUCCAAGUCUUACUGUCUCGGUCACGUUCCAUCAAGAAAAACGCCCUCCUGCGCACUCGGCGACAGAGCCAACCCUAGGCCCACUCUGCUGUGCUGUCA